GGAUGGGUCCUCUAGAGGGACAAAGUCACAAAACCCCGUAUUCACCAUACUGGUGGUGGAAGUGAUGGCGCAUACAUCGCAGCAAGGGUUGAUGACCUAUCCCAUUUAUGUGGAGAGUGUGUGCAAUGUGGAGGAUACUGGCAAAUGGUGCAUAUAUCAACGUAAAAAUGAUCACAAUAUGAAGGACAACAUCACUCAUGAUGGAGACAAGUUCAAGCUCACGGCCGACAACUACUCGUAUUGGCAAUCGAUGAUGGAAGACCAUCUAUACUGCAAUGACUUGCAUGAGCCCAUUAUCUACAAAGACAAGGUCGAAGGAAAGAGCAAUGCUCAACGGGAGCUACUCAAUCGCAAGGCCGUUGUAAUAACCUAUAAAUUUAUUGAUAAGGCUCUCUUCGAGCAUGUUUCUACUUACACAAAAGCUUAUGAGUUAUGGACAAAGCUGGAGUCCAUGAUUCAAAAAAAGACACCUCGUAACAAAGCAUAUUUAGUUCGACGGUUGGUGAAACUAGAGUAUAAGGAUGGCCAAAGUAAAAUUGAGCAUUUGGACAACUUCAAGGGGCUCAAAAGCUGGGAUACACUUAUGUUUAUCCUUAGUAACUCAGCUCCGGAAGGAAAGCUCACAAUGGGUACCGUCAGUGAUAGCCUUCUUGGAGAAGAAGCAAGGAGAAUGGAAAGAGGCGAGCCCACCUAUUCCAAGGCCAAUAUUAUUGAGAAGCAGAGUAGGAUCAUGGAUGCUGACUUUGGGAAUGAUGGGUCUAGUGAACUGGAGGCAGAGUCAAAUAAUGCUGACUCUGCUGAACUCAUCCUAUCUAGUGGAGAAAGCGUGCUAGAACUAGAUGUUUUUGGGAAGCUUAUUUCCAAAAUCGAACUAGAUUUAGCAUGCUCUUCUGAGAAACUUGUUAACUUGAACGUACUUAAAAUGCUUGUGGAGACAAGGGAGAAUUACUUUGAGGCUGUCGCGGCAGAUGAUCAAUGUUUAAAUGGUUGCGCUGACAAGGCAUUGGAGUUUGACCUUUUAUCUGUUCUCUUGGACUCUGAAGUAAGGGAACUAAGUGCUUUCUUGUCCACCCUUCAGUUGGAGAUUGACUAUUCCCACCAGAUCAUACCUACAUUUGCGGAUGAGGGAGAACAUUGUAGGAUAUUGAAGGAAAAGUUGUAUGACUCUGAAUAUUUACUUAAACACUUACAAGAGCAGCUGUUGGAAUUGGAGGCACAAUCUUCCAAUUUUAUGGUGACUGAAAACUGGAAGGAUGUUAAGGCUUUGGAAUGUUUUGAGCCGGCUUCUCCUCCAACUCCAAAUACGAAGAUAAAAAUGCAGACUGCAGAGCAGCAAAGGCAUGUCUUGCAAAUGCUGGAGAAAUCUCUUGCAAAUGAGCUGGAUCUUGAGAAGAAACUUUCUGAAACUAAACAAAGUGAAGAAGAGUUGAAACUUGGGUUGCAGCAACAGCUAUUAUGCGUAGAGAUAGAGGUUGAAGAUGCCUGUGAAAGGCUGUUUGGGGCAGAAAAUGCUACCCAAGUUUUAUUGGGGGUUUCAAAAGAGCUAAGAGGACAGCUACAAACAACACAAUUAGAUUUGAACAGUGCAUUGCAGAGAGAGGUAGACUUGAAGUCUAAACUAAAAGAUUUGAAUGAACUGUUGUCAGCAAAAGAAAGCUUAUUGCAGAAGUCAGAGAAUGCAUGUGAAGAGCUUAGGAUAAAGCUUAACUCAGCUGAUAAACUAUUGAAUGACUCAGAGUUUCUCCCACAUAAUUCUACAAACACUGAUGAGAAAUGCAUUGACAUGAAGAAGGUUUGUGAAAUGGAAGCUAGAAUAAGCGGUCUUAUGGAAAACAAUGCCAUAGCUGAAAGAAGAUUUCAGAUUGCAGAGGCUGAGUGUAAAUCAUUAAAAGAUGCUAAUAUGGAACUUAACGAAGAUCUCAUUACCCUUAGGAACAGUAGUAGUAUAACUUCUGAGAGAGUUUGUCUGCUUGAGAAGCAAUUGAAGGAAUCUGAGCUAAAUCUUAAACAUGCAGUAGCAUCUGAAGCCAGUCAGGAAAAACAAACCAAUGUAAAUUUUACCAUCAGGGAUAUGGAAAAUCUGAUUGAUGAUCUCAUUACCCUUAGGAACAGUAGUAGUAUAACUUCUGAGAGAGUUUGUCUGCUUGAGAAGCAAUUGAAGGAAUCUGAGCUAAAUCUUAAACAUGCAGUAGCAUCUGAAGCCAGUCAGGAAAAACAAACCAAUGUAAAUUUUACCAUCAGGGAUAUGGAAAAUCUGAUUGAUGGUCUGAACUUGAAGCUUAUUGAAGCUGAAGAAAAGUGCAUCAUCUUAUCUGAAGCUAAUGCAGAUCUGAAUGACGAAUUGGAGUUUCUAAAAGGUAGAAUGAAAUGCUUGGAAGCAUCAUUGCAUCAAGCAGAGGAGUCAAAGAAGGCUACUGCCAGAGACAUUAACUUCCAUGCUAAACUUAUAGCGGACUUGAUUAUGCAAUUGACUCUUGAAAGAGAAAGACUUCAUAAACAGAUAUGUUCAUUGAGAAUAGAGAAAAAGGCCUCAGUGAAGCAGUGUGAGCAUAAGGAUACAACUCCUUGUGCACCUUUUGAUAGAGAUAGAGAAAAUGCGGGAGAUUUUUUGUCUGCAAAAUCACCAAAUGGGAGUGAAGAAGAGGCCACUGAGCUUUUUUUGCCUAAGAACGUGGAAGGCAAUGAGUACGAAAUAAAGUUCAACGAUGAAGAGAGAAGAAGCCUUAUAGCAUCCAAGCUUGAUUCUGAUUCCACAAGGGACAUAGAUGCAAGACAGCUUAAGUUGAGAUAUUUCCUCACAGCUGCUCUUUUGAUUACGGCUCCACCUCUUCUUGCUCUUCUCUAUUACCCGCAAAACACCUAAUCCUGAUCUGGACCCGACCCAUCUUUUGGAGAUUAAGGUAUCGAACAAAACCUUGAGAUCUUUUUUAGUCCACAACAUCAAAGAUCUUUUAGAUUGUAAUGUUCCAAAUUACAGACAAGUUGUUUUUUGGGCAGGGCAAAGGUAACAUUG